AUGGUGGGCCCCACAUGGCUGCGCCUCAAGCUUCUCCUCACCUUCUUCCGCGCCGACCUAUCUGUCCGCCCCGUCGACGAGUGGCAGCUAGAGAUGGCAAUGGCGCCUUCCCUCCGCGACCCGCCCCUCUCCCUCCCCGUCCUUCCCAACUCCGACCUCUCCGUGUCCCUCCCCGACCUGCAUAAGCUUCGCCGCAAUGAGCCCGUCACUUCGGGCAUCCUCCACGUCCGCGACCUCUCAUUCCUCCGCCCCCGCAGCCACAACGGGGAUGAUGAUGAGGAGACCGAGGAGAUGACCCGUGAGCAGGAGGAGAAGUACUUGCAGUGGAGGAGCUCCCUGGUCGAGAAGCUGGCCGGGAUCGAGCUCAACCUCGAGAGGGUUAAGUUUCGGAUGAGCGUCGAAAUCCCGCCCUCCGAUGACUUCAGGGCAAUGAAGAAGUCUUGGGAGAAUUUCUACGCCUCCGAGCUCCUCAGUAGCAGGAAUCCUGUGAGGAAGAUAGCGAAAAGGCCAGACACAAUUCUUGUCCGUGGUGUGCCAUCCAGGUGGUUUGCGGAGACGAGGAUAUCAUCGAAAGCCUCCACACUGGUCACACACACUAUCAUCGAAAGCUGCUAGGCCAAACAAGGCCAAACAACGAGCGCCCGCUGCCCGCCGCCGUCGAGCCCCCAUCCACCGCGUGCCUCUCCCGCCGACCUCCGCUAGCCUCUCCCGCUCGAACGGCCGCUCGUAGCUGGCCGCCUCUCCCACCGAAACGGGUGCUCGUCAUCAAUGGGGAGAGGUGUGAUGGUGUUGGUGGUGUGUGCGGCGGUGGAGGCGGAGGCAGGCACGGCGAGCGAUGAGGAGAGGGGCGGCGGCCGCUGGCGUUAAGCCCAUGGGGGCGGGAGUGGAGGAGGCCGCGCCUCUCCACGCUGUCCUUAUCUCCGCCGGCGAGAAGAGGGAGUAGAGGGGAGAGAGCCGGAGAGAGGAGGAAGAGGAUUGGAUUUGGUCAUUUAAUAAUUUAAGAAUGACAUAUGGUGCUCACGUGGGCCCCACCAUAUUUAUUUUUUAUUGUGUAGCUAACAUGACAUGUGGGACCCAUCAUUUUUAAA